CUAUCUUCCAGAGGGACAGUGUAAUCGUAUAGCAUGCCCAUCCCAAUCACGGUCUUUACCGGCUUUCUCGGCGCAGGGAAGACGAGCAUCAUCACCGGCAUCGCAAAGCAGCUGCCGCCGGAUUACAAGCUCGUCCUCCUCAAGAACGAGUUCGGCGAUGUCCAGGUCGACAGCGAGCUCGCGAAGCAAUCGAGCCUGCUUGCGGUUAGCGAGAUCACCAAUGGCUGUAUGUGCUGUGUCCUCGUCGGCCAGAUGAAGACGGCCUUGCUGGAGAUACGGGAGAAGUACCGCCCCGACCGGAUCAUCAUAGAAUGCUCCGGUUCUGCCUUCCCUGCGACCCUGGCCUUCCAGAUACGUGAACUAGAAAGGGAAACGGAAGGCGACCUCAAACUCGACGCGAUCGUGACUGUCAUCGAUGCCGAAAAUUUCGUCGGAUACGAAGAUACCUCGCCGACCGCGAAGAUGCAGGCGAGCUACACGGACGUGAUUCUCGUCAACAAGUCCGAGCACGUCUCCGAGCGGCAACUGGACAUCGUGAUGGACUACCUCCACACGCUCAACGACCUCACGCCGAAAAUCCGCACCGUGGGCCGAUCCGUGGACCCCAACCUGAUUUUUGGUCUCGACACCAAGCUGUUCUCCGAAACCGAGAGCCAAAAGACGCCGUUCGCGAUGGAGGCCACCCACAACGACGAAGUCGAGACCGUGACGAUCUAUCGCGGCGACGCCUCCAAUCUCCCGGGACACGCGCACCAGCACGACGACCACGAGAAGACGCUGUUGGACGCGUUGUCCUCGGUGUCCAAAGAGACGGUCUGGCGCGUGAAGGGCUUCGUUCUCCUCGAAAGCGGCCGGCACAUCUUGAAUUGGGCAUUCGGGCGAUAUGAUCUCAUCUUGAUGAAGGAUGACACUACCACUACUGAUCGCGAAGCUGGCGUCAUCGUGAAAUUGACCGUCAUGGGCGAACGGGGCGAGGUGAAGCGCGCUUCACGCAAGCUCGCGGCCGCUCUAGAAGCCGAUCUUGUGUAG